UAUCGGUACAGUCUUGACUAAAAUCCUCACCAGACACAAGAUUGAUCCACGCUUGAACUGUGAACAAGAAAUUGUUGAAGAAAUGAGGAUUUUAAUAGCGCUUUCCUCUAGAAACUGUAUGUCAAAAUUGCGACCAGUUCCUGCCAGCGCUCAUUGCAAGCAAACUGUGUUCGUGCAUAAAGAACUUAGAAACUCAUCUCAUGUUUUUCUCAGAUGUGAUGCUUUAAAGCCUUCUCUCUCACCACAAUUUCAAAGGCCCCAUCAAGUGCUAACUCGAAACAGAAAACCAUUUAAAAUUUUGGUCAACGAAAAAGAAGUCGUCGUUAGUAUCGACCGUCCUAAGCCGGCAUUUAUCUGGACACGAGAAGCCACUGGAUCGAAUGCGUCUUCACCAUCGCAAAUUCCGUCUCAAGAUCCACAUCUGUCUUCAACGGACUUCAGUGCAAGCUUUUCCAAGCCUGCGACAGAAACCACGACUUCCGACUUAUCAGAUGCUACGACAAGAACACGCUUGGGUCGUCGAGUUCGCAUGAACCCAAAGUAUUUAUAAAGUAUUGUUAGCACUGGAGGGGGAGUACUGUGGCGACUUGCCUAGUACAUUUCAACGCUGCCAGUCUUGUAAACCAUAGCAACCAAAAAACAAAAUAAUAUUUAUUAUAUUCUAUUGUUAUUAUUAUUAAUGAUCUGUCUCAAAAAUUGUACUACCAUAAUGCCCAAUUCCUUUUUCAAAUUAAUCACUGUCUUUCCGAUCACCUACCUCUGCUACCACUUCGUCUGAUGUUUUUGGGCAGGGGAGGCCAUGUAAUUCUCAAUCCUUAAGAUGUGCCCUACCUCUCCUAAAAGUUUGUCACUGCAUUCAUGAGAC